CCGCGCCUGGCCCGCUGCGCUCCCGCUGCUCCGCCCGACCCCUGUCCCGAUCCCGAUCCCACUCCCGACCCCGACCUUAACCCCCGUCCCGGCCGCGAUCGCGGUCCCGGAGCGCCGUCAGUGCCGCCGGCGGCGGGGCCGGGCCAUGGCGGAGGGCGGUGCGUGGCUGCUGGUGCUCAGCGCCGUGUUCCUCUGCAACGCGCUCAAGAUCCUGCUGCCCUCCUGCUCCUCCAUCAUAUCCAGGUUGCUGCAGAAGGAUGCAGAGCAGGAAUCCCAGAUGAGAGCUGAAAUCCAGACCAUGAAGCAGGAGCUCGCCACCAUCAGCAUGAUGGAUGAGUUCGCCAGAUACGCCCGGCUGGAGAGGAAGAUCAACAAGAUGACUGACAAGCUCAAAACUCAUGUGAAAGCACGAACUGCCCAAUUAGCCAAAAUAAAGUGGGUUAUAAACAUUGUGUUCUACGUCUUACAGGCUGCCCUGAUGAUCUCCCUGAUUUGGAAGUACUACUCUGAGCCAGUGACUGUGCUGCCAAGCAAGUGGUUGGCUCCCCUGGAGAGGUUGGUGGCCUUCCCUACAGGGGUGGCAGGUGGGGUUGGAAUCACCUGCUGGCUCGUGGUCUGCAAUAAAGUUGUGGCCAUCAUGUUGCACCCCUUCAGCUGAAGGAAUCCCGGGAAUCCAACUGCAUUUUCACCAUUUUCCCUAUUUUAAAUUAAUUUAAAAAAAAAAAGGACAGUUGUUUUUCAUGAGACUGGAGACAAUCCUCGUUAUUCUGGUUGGAUAUCAGUCAGUGUUCCCUUGGAUUUCUCAGAAAGGGGUGGAUUUGGAAUUUAAGCUGGGAAUGGGCUGGCACUGGGAAUUAAUUUGGGCUCUUUGCUGUUUCUGUGCUGGUGGUUCCACUCCCAGCACGUUUGGUGGGUGCCAAAGGGCAGAGGGAGGAGGUUUGGUUGGCUCAGGGUAAAACAGAGUUUCCUUGGGAUUUUUUUACCCUAGAAUUGGGAUAUUCCUGGGCUCUCCUAAAAAAAUGAGCUAUUGGUAGAUGAGUUCAAUCAAUUUUUAUGUCUGUUAAAGACUCCCUUAGCCAAGCACAGGAUGGCUGGAUGCUUUUUCCUCCCUGACUUUUAAAAUUCACUGAUUUUUUUUUCCUGGUUUUAUUGAUAAUUGACCUUUCCUUCCUUGUUUUUUUCUGCUUCCCAAACAGGAUCACUGAAAUGAUUUAAUUCCACGUUUCACUGCAACUCUUUCCUUCCAUGUUUUGGGAGGGAAGGUCUGACCAACCUUCUCAAGCUCCAUUUUAAUAGAGUAGAAAAUGCUGUUCCUGCAGAGAUGAUCCUGAUUUAACUUCCCACUCUGGAAUUCCCACAGUGGAAAUGCAUCUCUUUUGUUAUUCCAGGUCUUUUUUGGGGCCAAGACCCCUCCAAAAUUAGCACUGCCUUUAGAAAUCAGGUCAAAAGGUCGUGUUAUGUUGUGUGUGUAUAUAUGGAUGAAAUGUUUGUUGUUUUUUUUAAUGUUAAUUUAAAAAUGGGGGGUUUAUAUUCAGAGUUACAUUGGGCCAACAUGCAAAAGAGAUACAUUAAGUAUCAAGGAUAAAAAAACGUUGUGAUUGAAUGUUAUGUGUUAGUACGGUUUUUAUUUAGGAAAUAAAGCUUUUCAAGCCA